UGCAGCCGCGGCUGGAAGAUGGCGGGGAACGACUGCAGCGCGCUGUUGGAUGAAGAGCUCUCGUCCUUCUUCCUCAACUAUCUCUCUGACACGCAGGGUGGGGAAUCCGGGGAGGAACAGCUGUGUGCUGACCUGCCGGAGCUCGACCUCUCCCAGCUGGACACCAGUGACUUUGACUCAGCCGCGUGCUUCGGGGAGCUGCAGUGGUGCCCGGAGACCUCAGAGACUGAGCCCAGCCAGUACAGCCCUGAUGACGCCGAGCUCUUCCAGAUUGAUAAUGAGAAUGAAGCUCUCUUGGCUGCGCUCACCAAGACCCUGGAUGACAUCCCCGAAGACGAUGUGGGGCUGGCUGCCUUCCCGGGGCUGGAUGAAGGAGACACACCAUCCUGUGACCCAGCUUCACCUGCCCCCUUAUCUGCGCCCCCCAGCCCCGCCCUGGAGAGGCUUCUGUCCCCAGUGUCUGAAGUGGAUGAGCUUUCUAUGCUGCAGAAGCUCCUCCUGACCACAUCCUCCCCAACAGCAAGCUCUGACGCUCUGAAGGAGGAGGCCACCUGGUCCCAGGCCAACCUCAGGUCCAGAAGCCAGCGGCCUUGUGUCAAGGCGGAUGGCAUCCAGGACAAGAAGAUCCCCAUGCUGCGGUCUCAGAGUCGGCCUUGUACAGAACUGCAUAAGCACCUCACCUCUGUGCUGCCCUGCCCCAAAGUGAAAACCCCAACCCCACGCCCAAGUAUUCAGCUCCUCUCCAAGGAGGAUGAGGAGGUGGGGGAGGAUUGCCCGAGCCCCUGGCCAGCUCCAGCCUCUCCCCAAGACUCCCUAGCACAGGAUGGGGCUAGCCCCAGCUGUGCCCAGGCUCCCCAGGAGGAUGUGAAGUCCAUGGUACAACUCAUUCGCUACAUGCAUACCUACUGCCUGCCCCAGAGGAAGCUGCCCCAAUGGGCCGCAGAGCUGGUCCCCCAGCCCUGCAGCAGCCCCUCCAGGCAGGUCCCACCCCGGUCCCGGCAUCCCCGCAAAGCCAUCUGGACUGAGUUCUCUAUCUUAAGGGAACUUCUGGCUCAAGAUGUCCUCUGUGAUGUCAGCAAGCCCUACCGCCUGGCCACACCUGUCUAUGCUUCCCUCACACCCCAGUCCAGGCCCAGGCCCCCCAAAGACAGUCAGGCCUCCCCUGCCCACUCUGCCAUGGCGGAAGAGGUGAGAAUCACAGCUUCCCCUAAGAGCACUGGGCCUAGACCCAGCCUGCGCCCUCUGAGGCUGGAGGUGAAGCGGGAUGUCAAUCAACCUACCAGGCAAAAGCAGGAGGAAGAUGAGGAAGAAGAGGAAGAAGAAGAGGAGGAAGAGGAAGAAAAAGAGGAGGAGGAAGAGGAGUGGGGCAGGAAGAGACCAGGCCGUGGCCUGCCAUGGACCAAACUAGGGAGGAAACUGGACAGCUCUGUGUGCCCCGUGCGGCGUUCCAGGAGACUGAAUCCAGAGCUGGGCCCCUGGCUAACAUUCACUGAUGAGCCCCUAGGUGCUCUGCCCUCGAUGUGCCUGGCUACAGAGACCCACAACCUGGAGGAGGAACUGGGCAGCCUCACAAAUGAUAGUCAAGACCAGCAGCUCCCCCAGGGAUCCCAGAUCCCAGUCCUGGAAAGCCCCUGUGAGAGUGGGUGUGGGGACACAGAUGAGGACCCAAGCUGCCCACGGCCCCCUUCCAGAGACUCCCCCAGGUGCCUCAUGCUGGCCUUGUCACAAAGCGACCCUCUUGGCAAGAAGAGCUAUGAGGAAUCCUUGACAGUGGAGCUUUGUGGCACGGCAGGACUCACUCCACCCACCACACCUCCAUAUAAGCCCAUGGAGGAGGACCCCUUCAAGCCGGACACCAAGCACAGCCCAGGCCAAGACACAGCUCCCAGCCUCCCCUCCCCUGAGGCUCUUCAGCUCCCAGCCACCCCAGGGUCCUCCCACAAGCUGCCCAAGAGGCACCCGGAGCGAAGUGAGCUCCUGUCCCACCUGCAGCAUGCCACGGCCCAGCCUGUGUCCCAGGCUGGGCAGAAGCGCCCUUUCUCCUGCUCCUUUGGAGACCACGAUUACUGCCAGGUGCUCAGGCCAGAGGCUGCCCUGCAGAGGAAGGUGCUGCGGUCCUGGGAGCCGGUUGGGGUCCAUCUUGAUGACUGGCCCCAGCAGGGUGCCUCCCUGCCGACUGAAACAAAGACCCCUAGGAGGGAGGCAGAACAGAGCUGUGACUCUACCCCUAAGGACAGCAUGCAGCUGAGAGACCAUGAGAUCCGUGCCAGCCUCACAAAGCACUUUGGGCUACUGGAGACCGCUCUGGAGGACGAAGACCUGGCUUCGUGUAAAAGCCCGGAGUAUGACACCGUGUUUGAGGACGACAGCAGCAGCAGUGGCGAGAGCAGCUUCCUACUGGAGGAGGAAGAGGAGGGAGGGGAGGAGGAGGAUGAAGGAGAGGACUCGGGGGUCAGCCCUCCCUGCUCUGACCACUGCCCCUACCAGAGCCCACCCAGUAAGGCCAGCCGGCAGCUCUGUUCCCGCAGCCGCUCCAGUUCUGGCUCCUCAUCCUGUAGCUCCUGGUCACCAGCCACCCGGAAGAGCUUCAGGCGUGAGAGCAGAGGGCCCUGUUCAGACGGAACUCCACGUGCCCGGCAUGCCAGGAAGCGGCAGGAAAAGGCCAUCGGCGAAGGCCGUGUGGUAUACAUUCGAAAUCUCUCCAGUGACAUGAGUUCUCGGGAACUGAAGAAGCGCUUCGAGGUGUUCGGCGAGAUCGUAGAGUGCCAGGUGCUGACAAGAAGUAAGAGAGGUGAGAAGCACGGCGUCAUCACCUUCCGGUGUUCGGAGCAUGCUGCCCUGUCCCUGAGGAACGGCGCAACCUUGAGGAAGCGCAAUGAGCCCUCCUUCCACCUGAGCUACGGAGGGCUCCGGCACUUCCGCUGGCCCAGAUACACUGACUACGAUCCCACAUCAGAAGAGGCCCUUCCCUCAUCCGGGAAAAGCAAGUAUGAAGCCAUGGAUUUUGACAGCUUACUGAAAGAGGCCCAGCAGAGCCUGCAUUGAUAUCAGCCUUAACCUUCGAGGAAUACCUCAAUACCUCAGACAAGGCCCUUCCAAUAUGUUUACGUUUUCAAAGAAAUAAGUAUAUGAGAAGGAGAGCGAGCCAAUGAGCGAGCGUGAGAGAACACACGUGAGAGAGAGAGACUUGAAUCUGCUGUUGUUUCCUUUUAAAAACAAAUCAAUGUUUACAUUGAACAAAGCUGCUUCCGUCCGUGAGUUUCCAUGGCGUUGAUGUUCCACUGCCACAUUAGUGCCCUCGCUUCCAGCGGAUCGUCCUGGGUGCACCUCUACGUGCUGUCAAUCAUCCUCUGCCCCACCCGCCCGACUGACUUCCUUCUGUAGACUUGAGCUAUGUUCCCCCAUAACAUCUUCUGUCUGUAGCGUGUGAUGAUGAAAUUGUUACUUGUGAGUAGAAUCAGGAUUAGAAACUCAUUUUUAAUUGAAGAAAAAAAAAAGUAUAUCCUUAAAACAAA